AUGUUUGGGUCGAGAGGUCUGUGUUGCAGCAGAAUCUGGAACCAUUCUCUGUUACUCAAACGUUCUGGAAACUUCCGAGCUAAUUUCUCGACGAAUUCCGUAGCGAAGCAGAAACGGGUUGGAACCCAUAAUGGAACCGUCCAUUGCGACGAAACCUUAGCUUGUUUCAUCCUUCGUCUUUCGAGCAGAUUCUCCGAUGCUCAGAUCGUACGGACCAGAGAUCAUCAGGUUUUGGAGAAGGUUGAUGCGGCUCUUGAUGUUGGAGGUGUGUAUGAUCCUGAUAGUGAGCGUUAUGACCAUCACCAGAAAGGCUUUACCGAAGUGUUUGGACAUGGGUUUAUGAUGGAGCGGAAGCUUCUCAGGAUAUAA